UGACUUUUAUUCGUACGUGCUUGUGAAUAACCAUAUUCUGGGCCUUGAUAAAGGGUAAAUCGAAAGUAGGUCUUGCUUGCUGCUCGACGCUCGUUGAACUUGGCGGUGGCGGUGUUUCUGCGAAUUCAAGCUAGAAUCUAAUCAUGAAUCCAGUUACAAAUGGAUCCAAGUUUUGGGUGCAGUUAAGGCAGGCUGCUGUGAUAGUGAAUGGAGGUAUAAUGAUAUUUGCUGGUGUCAACUUAUACAGAGGCAAUGAUAAAUUUUAUGAGGAAAUUGCAAUGCCCAUGUUUAGGAUGUUUGGGGCAGAAACUGCACAUAACUUAGGCAUCAAACUGGCCAAGUACAAAAUUGUGCCGAAACCUCAAAAGCCAGAUUCCCCUCUUUUGAAAACAGAGGUUUGGGGUAGGUCUUUCCCCAACCCAAUUGGGCUGGCAGCUGGGUAUGACAAGCAGGGGGAGGCAGUCGAUGGCCUGCUGAAAAUUGGCUUUGGCUUUGUGGAAGUGGGUAGCGUCACACCGGCACCACAGCCGGGAAACCCAACUCCGAGGGUGUUUAGACUGAAGGAAGACAAAGCUGUUAUAAACAGAUAUGGUUUCAAUAGUGAUGGCCACGAAGUUGUCUUUGAAAGACUGUCAAGGAGAAAUCAAGAACAAGCUGGUGAAAGUUACCCUCCGACAUACGUUGGUGAACAGAGAAAUAUGCUUAACGUAAAUUUUUGGACUGAAGUGGAAGAUGAAAGAAAUAACAUUGCUAGUUGGAUUAAAGUGCUGAAAAGAAGAGUUCGCACUAGAAUGAAAGAAGCUGGAGUUCUUGGUGUCAACUUAGGGAAAAACAAGACGUCACCCGAUGCAGUCAGUGAUUAUGUCAAAGGAGUACGGAAAUUUGGUGGGAUAGCAGACUAUUUAGUUAUAAAUGUGUCAUCCCCAAAUACCCCAGGACUCCGAGAUAUGCAAAAGCAAGAAGUCCUGAUCGAGUUAUUAGAUCAGGUUGUUGCAGAAAGGAAUAAACUGACAGUGUCCCCCAAGCCACCUCUUCUGGUGAAGAUAGCUCCCGACCUGACAGAAUCAGACAAAAAGGAUAUCGCAGCAGUUGUCACAAGGCCGCAGAGCGGAGUAGAUGGAUUGAUCAUCAGUAACACCACCGUGGCCAGGCCCGAGUCUCUGAAGAGCAAGCACAAAGCAGAGAUGGGGGGUCUCAGCGGAGCCCCACUCACGGAAAAAUCUCUUCAAGUGAUACGAGAUAUGUACAGGUUAACGCACGGCAAGAUACCGAUUGUUGGGGUAGGAGGCGUGAGCUGUGGUCAAGAUGCGUAUGACAAGGUGAAGGCUGGAGCCAGUCUGAUCCAGAUGUACACCGCUCUCGUCUACCUGGGACCCCCUGCUGUAGGCAAAAUUAAGAGAGAGAUGGAGGAACUGCUCAGGAAAGAUGGCUACAAACACAUAUCAGAGGCUGUUGGCGCAGACUUCAAGGCAAGAUCUGAAGUGAAAUCAUGAAUCUCAAGAUAUUCAGCCCUGAAAUUUGCUCAGGCCCUUAUCUCUUCUUUCCCAUUUUGAGGCAUUUUGCUGUGAACCUCAACCAUCACAGAAGAAAAUCCACUUUGUACAUUUGUAAUAUAAUAUGCUCAGUAUAAGACUCCGUCAUAUCAUCCUAUAAGAGCCAGUGCCAGGUAACAAGGUUUUAACGAAUUUUUCAGGAGGAACAAAAAACUGAUUAAUGUAGGUAUGUAUGAAUGAUCAACACACCGGAAACGAUCAAGCCCUAAAAUCCUAUCGUAAUAUGAUACGCGAUUUAGGAAUUCUUGGCUUUACUGUCGGUUCCGUGGUAAUUCUUGUUGCGUCAUCCAAGUUGUAACAAUAUUGAAAGCCAUUCCGCUUAUUUCAUGAUGAGCUAAUGUGGAAGCAAACAUCUAUGAUAAGUGAAACAGUUAUUUGCUUUUUAAAAUAUAACGAUUUUAAGCCGGGGAACUCAAUGAAACUUAUACAGAAAUGAAGCCCAUGAUACGCGCUUUCGAUUGGCGACAAAAAAAUUUUGCAAAAAAAUCAUGAUACAUGGUUCUAGCUUUUUUAGGACAAAUGUCAUUUUUCAAAAUGACGUACAGCAGUUUUACACUCAACAGUCAAUAUGCAAGCUGUUCUGUCCAGCAGCACUGAAUUACUACUAGGGAUCAAAAGAAAUCAAUCGGUCCAAUCAGGUGAUCAGCUAUGAAAUUACUAAUCAUAGAGAGUCUAGUACGCACAUGGUGAACUCGCACAUAGCGAAUAUAUUUUCAGGUCCCAUAUUUUUUCUGAAAUACAACAUGUAUAUUCUUGUAUUUAAAACAAGUACAUGAGGAUACAAAACAAUUUUUGCGUCCUGAUUUUGCUGUGUGUGUGCUGGACUGUAGUUGUUAAAUGAGCUUUGUUUUUUACAUAAUACUGGUUUGUGUUUCAUCAUUGUAAGAAUAUUAUUUACCAGAGUGCCCCUUUUUUUCACAGAGUUAUGAACUGCUUUCUCAAAUGCAUUCAUUCAGUGAGACAUUUUCAUUCAGUGGAAUUUUCUGUUGUGGGGACUUGCUAGAAAUGUGUUGAAAGAAGCAAGCAAAAUGUGGUACCAUUAUUGUUUAGAGAUCUGAAAGGACAGGAUGAACAUCUAUGUAGAAGUUGGGAAAGUGGAGAGUUGAGGGCAUGUUAUGAUAUAUUAGACAUUCUUCUGGCAGGGCUGUCUGACAAAAUAGUCCUGACAACCGUUUUGUGACAUACUGUUGUGUAUGUUACCUCCUGAAUUGGCUCCUCAAUAUUUUAUGCGUUCAGUCUUCUUUUUAAUGUAAGAAAUAUUUUAAAUACAUGGAUCAUUGUAAAGAAUCAUAGAUCUUGAACUGUAUGAUUUCUUGGCAUUUGAAUCAUCUAUGUUGGUAUGUUUUGAGACAUAAUGUUGUGUAUGUUACUUCCUGAAUUGGCAUCAUAGCAUUUCAUGCAUAGUCUUUUAAUGUAAGAAAUAUAAAUACAUGGAUCACUGCAAAGAAGUAUAGAUCUUGAACUGUAUGAUUUCUUAGCCUUUGAAUCAUCCAUGUUGGUCUAUUGGUUGAUUUGAAAUGGUCUGUGAAAGUUACUGGGGGGGGGAAAAAAAAAAAUAUAUCUUCCCUUGCCAUAUUUUGUCAUUUUUGUUUGAAAGCCAUGUUGGUCAGACUACAUUAAAAUGCUGCCAGUGUCUUACACCCCUGAAAA